AUGCCUGGAGCGCAGGUCUCAAUUCCAUAUAGACAGAACACAGGAAAGCGUGAUACUACUUGGAACACUACACUACAUCUAGACCAAUCAAUUUUGCAUGAAACGCAGCUGCCUAGGUGCAUUCAGCCACAACUCAAUCGUUCCUCAGCACUGCCACAAGGGCCCUACGGGAGAAGCCGUGGUGGUCAAGCUCUCUUCUCUCCAGGCCUCCUCAAGGGAGGCAACAGCAGUGAAAAGAAGACCAAUCUCGAGUACUACCCAGAUGAACUAACAAAUGGGCAACAGCAGGACUGUCUACGCACUCUUAACCGCCUCCAAAAUUUGAAGGCAUGGCAUCUUUUUUUUCAAAAAUUCCUCCCCGAUCCGAAGACCAAGGAGAGCGGUCAAACUAGGUAG